GGCUGUUGUAGCAUCGUGACAACUAGCGAGCAAGUUUAACUUCCGGUACGGAAAGGCUCCCGUCCAAUCAGCUCCGAGUCCAGAAGUGCCGGGCCAAAUAAUGUACUUCAAUGCAUGCUGCAUUAGUUGUUAUAACUGAAUAACAGGCAGGAAUUAUAAACUGGUUAACCAGAGGAAUACAGACAGGACCGGACUUACAUCCGUGCCAUACAACAGUGAUGGAUGCAGAGGGUUUUGGGGAGCUGCUCCAGCAGGCAGAGCAGCUGGCUGCAGAGACUGAAGCAGUGUCAGAGCUGCCACAUGUUGAGAGGAACCUUCAGGAGAUCCAGCAGGCUGGGGAGAGGCUUCGCUCCCGUACCCUUACCCGCACCUCACAGGAUGCUGCGGAUGUGAAAGCAUCAAUCCUGCUCGGCACCAGAGGGUUAGACAUCUUUCACAUUUCUCAGAGGUUGGAAACCCUAAGUGCUGCCACUACAUUUGAGCCCUUGGAGCCUGUCAAAGACACAGACAUACAGGGCUUCUUGAAAAACGAGAGGGACAACGCCCUCCUGUCGGCCAUCGAGGAGUCUCGCCGCAGGACUUUCCUGUUGGCUGAAGAGUACCAUCGUGAAUCCAUGUUGGUCCAGUGGGAACAGGUGAAGCAGAGAGUUUUGCACACACUAUUGGGAGGAGAGGACGCACUGGACUUCAGUCAGGAUGUGGAGCCCAGCUUUGUGAGUGAGAUGACAGCUCCAGGAAGGAGCUCGCUGGACAGUGUGGAGGUGGCCUACGGACGACAGAUCUACAUUUUCAACGAGAAGAUAGUUAAUGGUCACAUUCAGCCUAACCUGGGAGAUUUGUGUUCUUCUGUAGCAGAUAGCCUGGAUGACAAGAAUGUAUCGGACAUGUGGCUGAUGGUGAAGCAGAUGACAGAUGUGUUGUUGGUUCCAGCUAAAGACACACUAAAGAGUCGUACUUCUGUUGAAAUGCAGAUGGCAUUUGUGCGUCAGGGUCUCAAUUUUCUUGAAAACAGCUAUAAAAACUACACCAUGGUCACAGUGUUUGGGAACCUCCAUCAGGCUCAACUAGGAGGGGUACCAGGAACAUACCAACUAGUCCGCAGUUUCCUCAACAUUAAACUACCAGGGCCCCUGCCUGGCAUGCAGGAUGGCGAGAUAGAAGGCCACCCAGUGUGGGCUGUGAUCUACUACUGUCUGCGUUGUGGCGAUCUGAAUGCAGCCAUGCAAGUGGUGAACAGAGUGCAGCACCAGCUAGGAGACUUCAAAACCUGGUUCCAAGAAUACAUGAACAGCCCUGACAGACGCCUCUCCCCAGCCUCAGAGAACAAGCUCCGUCUCCACUACCGCAGAGUGCUGAGGAACAGCGCUGAUCCCUAUAAAAGAGCCGUCUUUUGUCUGAUUGGGAAAUGUGAUAUCAGUGACAACCAUGGAGAGGUGGCAGACAAGACAGAAGACUAUCUCUGGUUAAAGUUGAACCAGGUGUGUUUUGAUGAUGACGGCAGCAGCUCCCCUCAGGACAGACUGACUCUGCCACAGCUUCAAAAACAGCUGCUAGAAGAUUAUGGGGAAUCCCAUUUCUCUGCGGGCCAGCAGCCCUUUCUGUAUUUCCAGGUGCUGUUUCUCACGGCUCAGUUUGAGGCAGCCGUGGCUUUCUUGUUUCGUGUCGAGAGACUCCGGAGUCACGCUGUCCACGUGGCACUGGUCCUGUACGAGCUGCGGCUGCUGCUGAAGUCGACCGGCCAAAGUGCUCAGCUGUUGAGCCAGGAACCCGGCGAUCCUCUCAUGGUACGCCGUCUCAACUUUAUCCGCCUGCUCAUGCUCUACACUCGCAAGUUUGAAUCCACGGACCCACGGGAAGCUUUGCAGUACUUCUACUUCUUGCGCAAUGAGAAGGACAGCCAGGGAGAAAAUAUGUUCAUGCGCUGUGUCAGUGAGCUCGUUAUUGAGAGUCGAGAGUUUGAUAUGCUGUUGGGGAGAUUGGAGAAGGACGGCAGCAGAAAGCCAGGAGUCAUAGAUAAAUUUGCCGGUGACACCAGAGCCAUAAUCAGCAAAGUGGCUCUGGAAGCAGAGAACAAAGGCUUGUUUGAGGAGGCUGUCAAACUCUAUGAGCUGGCCAAGAAUCCUGAUAAGGUGUUGGAGUUGAUGAACAGACUGUUGAGCCCAGUGAUUGCCCAGGUCAGUGCUCCCCAGUCCAACAAGGAGAGGCUAAAAAACACUGCAGUGGCCAUUGCUGAGAGGUAUCGUUCUCAGGGCAUAGCAGGAGACAAGUCAGUCGAUAGUACUUUCUACCUGCUGUUAGACCUGAUGACAUUCUUUGAUGAAUACCACGCAGGUCACGUAGACAGAGCCUAUGACGUGAUGGAUCGUUUAAAGCUUCUUCCACUCAGUCAGGACAGCGUGGAGGAGAGAGUGGCUGCUUUCAGGAACUUCAGUGAUGAGGUGAGACACAACCUGUCUGAGGUGCUGUUGGCCACCAUGAACAUCCUGUUCACACAGUACAAGCGGCUAAAGGGGGCAUCAGCCGGCACACCAGGGCGACCACAGAGGACCAUAGAGGACAGAGACAUGCAACUGCGCAGCCAAGCCAGAGCACUCAUCACGUUCGCUGGUAUGAUUCCCUACAACAUGGCCGGCGACACCAACGCAAGACUGGUGCAGAUGGAAUUAUUGAUGAACUGAAACAUCAACACAAACACAAUAACACACGCACGCACACACACACGCACACACACACACACACACACGCACACACACACACACACACACACACACACACACACACACACACACACACACACACACACACACACACACACACACACACCUGGUUCCUGACAGGAAAUUGGCUUUUUGGAGACACAGUCAUUCUUAUUAGCUUUCAUUUGUCUACAGUAUUCAGCGUGUUAACAGGUGCAUCAUUUUACCUGUUCCUGUUGUCAGUUUGUCUGUUUUGUUGUUUUUCCCAUUUUGUUGUUUCACAUUUGUAUCUUUAAUGAUUUGGAAUAAAAAAGUAUACUUUAAGUUGCCUUUUUAUUUAAAAAUGACAACAUCUGUUUAAUUUCCAUUUUUUCAUUUAGUCAUUUUUUUGUUAGUUGAUUGUUUUUAUGCAAAUUUUCAAACAGUCACUCAAAUCUCAUAUUCACAGUGAGUGCAUACAUCUUUUUAAAUUGGAUGCGUAUUAGUUUUCCCUUUUAUAAUGGUUACAAUACUAAUAUUAUCGAGCAGUUUAAGCAAGAAAGACUUUUGAUAAAAAAGGAGACAUACAGCUUGAUUUGAUGUUCUAAAUCAGCUUUAAAAAUAAAAAUCAACAAUUUAUGUAGGAUUAUCAUGCUCAGGGAGGAGUUUUAACAUUUCCCACAUCAGAAUCAUAAACCACGGUUUCAGGUUAAAUAGAGAGAAGAACUAAAUACGUCUUACAGUAAAAUAAUCCAACAUGUAUUUGGUAAAAGUUGAAAACCUUUUAUUGAACGUUAUUAAACUUUGCCAGUAUUUAACAUACAUCAAUUUGAAGCAAUUUGAGCAUUGUAUUUUAAACUGUGAUUUUUGAAAAUGCAUAACAUAUUUAACGAAUACCAUAGUAACUCACUAAAAACCCAAUUAAACAUCCAGCAUCACCCUACCAAUGUUCUGUUGGCAGCAAAGACACAUACAAACAAACUCUUCACAAAUGAUUCCCUCUGUUAAAUUUGUGACCCACACUCUGUGUCCUUCAGUCUGGCCUGAGAGAACACAGAUGGAGGCUCAUUCUGUCUUGGCUGCUCCACAUACUGUAUGGAGAUGUUAAGUUAAUCCACGGCCACAGACAGAGCUGCAGUCAGUGCUACGGGAUGCAUGCUGUUGUACUCCAGACCUUCUCGUAGCUGCAGUACGGCCUUCCAUUCACUGCCUCCUGUUACGCCCAACGUGCUGAUUAACCAGGCACAUUGAUCAAAUGUGCUGCAGUGGUUGUAAGUGUUGCUCCUCUGUGGAUCUGUGCAUGUGUGUCUUUUAGUUCCUUCAGUUGCCGAAGACCUGCGUCUAAGGUGUGUGUGCUGCAGCUGGUGUUGUGAAUCAGGCCGAUGACAAACACCUCCUAUAAGCCGGCUAUUUCACAACACCAGGGUGGCACUGCACCACUGUCGACGAGACCAAGAAUCCCUACAGGAUGCAGCACAUGGAGAUGAUGCAAAAAACUGAAAUUGUGUUCUACCAAACAAAUCCAUCGGAGCACAUUAAUAAUGAAUUCUGCUAUUAUCUUCUAUCUUUUAAAUUAUAUUAGUAAACUUUGAACCAAUAUUGAGGUGUUAUACUUGAUAUGGUUUUUUGGACUGACUUUUACACCUUCAGUUAAAUUUUUUCUCCCUCCAACUUACGGAACUUAUAAUUAUUGAUAUACCAAAGCCUUCAGAGGUGUAAAUCGUGACGCGUUGACCAAUUUGCUCUUUUAAAGAAUAAAGCCGCUCUAUUCUAUUUUAGUUUAGGUCCAAAAUGUGCUUGACUCAUUUCAAUGCUGUAAAUAUUUUACAAAUUAAAGUUUUGAUAUUA